UCCCCCUCUGGCCCUGCACCCUCCCUGCAAGCUCAUCCGGACUGUUUCCUGUCCAAAAUACAGAGGAAAAAAACAAAAUCAGCCCCUUCUGCUGGCAGGUCACUCCACAAGGGUUUUGCAGCUGGGAAGCCCGCCUGACCGGGCUGCGGGAGCGCUCAGUGCCGUGGCAGACAUGAGCGUGAAAACUGCGCUCAUCCUCCUCGUUCUGGCUUUGGCCACGAUAUUCGCAUUGGUCUGCGUGCUGCUGACCAGGGGAAGGGCUCCCAGCACCUGCCAGCCCCAGCACCCGGAGCAGGAGGACACCGAUGAUGGGCAGAGCCUGGUUUUUGCUGAUCUGACCCCAGAAGAAAUGGUCCAAGUGGUGCGGUACCUGCAGGAAAACCUCGGGGUGCCGCUGGUUGAUGCCUCGCGUGCUUUUCCCUCCGACAACUGCAUCUUCUCAGUGGACGUGCAGGUCCCCGCCAAGGCGGAGGUGCUGCAGUUCCUGGAUGGCGGGGGGGCUCGCCCUGCGCGGGAGGCGCUGGCUGUCCUGUACUUUGGCAACCAGCCGGACCCCAACAUCACGGAGUACGUGGUGGGGCCGCUGCCAACACCGGCGUACCACCGGGACGUCACUGUGCAGAAGUAUGGGGGGAAGGUGCCGUACCACCGCCGACCUGUUACCGCCAAGGAGUACGCGGACAUCGACCUCCUCAUCCAGCGGGAGCUGCGCCAGGCACCGCGCUUCCUGGCUGCCUGCUGUGACUCUGACGGCACCGACCUGGCCAUGCUCACCACUGCCCCCCGGGGCUUCCAGUCCGGGGACCGCGCCACCUGGUUUGUCAUCUUCCGUGCUGUGGCCGGCACUGGCUUCUUCCUCUCGCCAGUGGGGCUGGAGGUGCUGGUGGACCAUGGGCCCCUCGACAUC